AUGGCUCGCCGACGUACUCUAUUCAUUCUUCUUUCUGUUCUCGGUCUCUUCCUAGUCGGAACGGUCGUUGUCCUAUCGUCAAUAACUUAUUACCUCUCUAUCGACCCUAGUGCUUAUCUUACUACGGACGAAGUUCCCAUUCUUGACGGAAAUACUCGCUGGAAUGCUUCAGAACAUGGCCAAAAAGAGAGGAUACCGAGGAUUCUGCACCAGACUUGGCGCACGGAGAACCUACCAACACGCUGGAAGGGUAUCUCACAAGAAUGCAGAGAUAUGAUGCCUGACUACGAAUACCUUCUUUGGACAGAUGACAGCUCUCGUGAGUUCAUUGCAGAGCAUUAUCCAUGGUUUCUCGAUACGUUCAACGACUACAAAUAUGCCAUUCAACGCGCUGAUGCCAUACGGUAUUUUGUUCUUCACCACUAUGGAGGCGUCUAUCUCGAUUUGGAUGUGGGCUGUCUCCGUCCAUUAGACCCGUUGCUAGUCUAUCCCGUCAUACUACCAAAAACCAUUCCUGUCGGUGUAUCGAAUGACCUAAUGUUUGCUGAGAAGGGCCAUCCAUUCCUGGCUCAGACGAUUCACAAUCUUGUCACCUUCGAUCAUAACUGGAUCCUGAACUAUCCUACUGUUAUGUUUUCAACCGGACCCAUGUUCCUUUCUGCGCAAUACGGGAUCUACACUUCGUCUCACGCCGGCGCUCAGGGCGACCCUGUCCGAAUUUUGCCUAAAUCUCUUUACGGAAAAAACGCCAAAGAAGGUGAAGCGCCAGACUCGUUUUUCUCGCACUUCUAUGGAAGUAGUUGGCAUGCUGACGAUGCUGCUUUCAUCGGAUUCCUUGGUCAUUGGGGCAAGGUCCUGCUGUGGGUUGGUUUGAUCGUCUUGAUCGGGGGUCUCGCGAUAAUGGUGAUUCCCGGAAAGCAACGUAGAUACACGCUGCGGAGGAUAGGCGGAUACGACGUUCUCUUCCCGCGCUGGUCUUCCCGUACCGGUCAAUGGCAUUUCCACCUUCCCAGAUCAGAAGCAUCUUCUCAGAGUGAUAGUAAUCCAACUUCACCAACCUACACUGAUGGAUACGACGAUGAGCGGUUGCCAUUCGAAAUGCGUCCUGUCUCACCAGCAUCCACAGAAUCAUCUUUCGCAGGAGAUCAGCUGGCUGGUCGUCCUUCCCCAUUGGCCGAGACUUUUCGUCGGGUGCGCAAUCGUGUUGCUGCAUUCACACACACAAUCCCAGAUGAGGUCCCUCGAACGCCUCACCGUCCGGGAAGACGUCGUUUCAGUCGUGGUUACCUCUUCUUCCUUCCAGCCAUAUUCACUACACAACCUACUGACAUUGAGGCAGGUUCAGAACCGCCCGUACCGCUUUUUUCUCGUCCGAUAGCACGUUCUGAUCGACCUCCUCGAUACAUGGAUCUCAAUGACGGUGCGAAGAACCAACCCGCGGAAGCAGAGGCACAGUUGAUUGAUCUAGGUGCUGGCACUGAGCAUUCUUCGUCAUCAUUUUCAAGGAGGCCCUCUUCAGCGUCAGCCUCCUCAUCCUCAUUAUAAGUUAUAGCCAGGGUAAAGAGUCCUUCAGACUCCUUCUACAUCCAGCCAUUCCUCUGAAAAGCCUUGCUCCACAUACUCUACAAUUGAUGAGAUAUAUAUUCAAUUAUACCAGAUUAUACCCUGCGUAUCUUGAAUACCUCAUGUCCAAUGACCACUAAUACUUAUUACUUGCCAGAGAUAGGACUAGAGAGACAUUUUGGAUAGAGUACGAUACGAACAUCAUUAUUUCCAACUUUCCACCUGAACA